UCAAAGUAUCGCGAGAGCGAUUCGAAUGCAUUGGAUCCGUGUGCUCUCUUAUCGCUCGCGCUGUAGCUACCUUUUUGUCAUACAGUGAUCAUUCUGUGCAGCACUGUUUCAAGUCGAACGCGCCUAGACAGAAGUAGCGGACUUUUAAAGCGGACAACUACGACACUAAAAGGGCGGAGCCGAAGGAGGUCACUAUCGUCUUGACAACAUUGGAAACUAUAGGGGGCUGGUCUUAAAAAUUGUGUAACUGAGAUAUAUAACCAACGACUUAUAUAUGUGACUAUUCUGUGUUAAGAACCGUUAUAGACAAUGCGGUAGCGCGUUGUUGUUUUAUGAGGACAGAUUUAUUUAAUAUACUCGGCACCAUUCACCUCUUUUAAUAAAGCGGUGAUAGUGACGCUGGGUUAGGCAGCAAAUUGGAACAGUCUAAAUCUGAUUCGUAAAAAAAAAAAACUGUCCGCUAUUUUAAAAACUGAUUGUAUGUGUGUAUGAAACGUUUGUAAUGAUGGGAGUCGGAGCUGAUAACAAAACCGUGAGCACAUCCAGUAAGUUUACACUACAGCCGUCUGAAGAGGAAAAAGAGGAGGUAGAGAUCGACAAGAUGACACCCGGCAGUGCUGAAGCCACGAGGCUGCCAAAAGCUGAACCCCAGGAGACGGAGACAAGAGAAAUGUGGGGUCGGCGCCUGGAGUUCGUGCUCGCCACCAUCGGUUAUGCUGUGGGGCUGGGAAACGUGUGGCGCUUUCCGUACCUGUGCUACAGGAGCGGGGGAGGUGCUUUCUUGAUUCCCUACAUGAUCAUGUUGUUUCUCUGUGGUAUCCCACUGCUGUUCAUGGAGUUCACUGUUGGGCAGUACACCCGUCUGGGGCCGGUCCACGCUCUGGCUAAAAUAUGUCCCCUUUUCAAAGGUGUGGGUCUUGCCACAGUGGUGAUUUCUUACGUGCUCUGCACCUACUACAAUGUGCUCAUGACCUGGGCUCUCUACUACCUGCUUCACUCCUUCAGCCCCUCAUUGCCGUGGCAAUCCUGCAACAACACAUGGAAUGAAGUUGGCAACUGUUCCACCGGUUUUCCUGGCAAUGCCACACAUCUGAAAUCCGCCAGUCAACAGUUCUUUGAUCAUAAGGUGCUAGAAAUGACCGCAGGGAUUGAGCAUGCUGGAGGGAUUCGUUGGGAACUCUUUGGUCUUCUAGUUCUGGCCUGGGCCAUUGUUUAUUUCUGUAUCUUUAAAGGGGUCAAAUCCACUGGAAAGGUUGUGUACUUUACUGCCACAUUCCCUUAUUUCAUACUGUUUGCAUUGCUGAUUAAUAAUGUUCAAUUGCCUGGAGCAAAAGAUGGUAUCCUCUUCUUCCUCAUGCCGAACUGGAGUAAACUCUUGGAAGUCCAGGUGUGGGUCAAUGCUGCUGCUCAGAUCUUCAACUCUAUUGGCAUUUCCUUUGGUUCUAUGAUAUCCAUGGCCAGUUACAACAAGUUCAACAACAACAUCCUCAGGGACACAUUUAUCGUCUGUCUGGCUAAUUCAGCCACUAGUAUCGUGGCUGGGUUUGUCAUUUUCUCUGCCAUUGGGUACAUGGCCCACAUUCACAACCUCCCUGUAGAUGACAUUGCCACUGAUGGGCCUGGUCUGGUGUUUGUGGUGUAUCCUGAAGUUUUCUCCACUAUGCCAAUCUCUCAGCUCUGGGCUCCUCUGUUUUUCAUCAUGUUACUGUGCCUGGGACUGGACAGUCAGUUUGCCAUGGUGGAGGUGGCUGUGACGUUCAUCAUGGACGGAUUUGGCAAGAAAAUAUUGCCCGUUUUUAAGAGAAAGGAGCUGAUCGUUCUGGCAGUGUGCAGCUUUGGGUUUCUGCUGGGGAUUCCUCAUAUUACUAGGGGUGGGAUAUAUGUGUUUCAACUGAUGGAUCACUACACAGCUGUGGUGUCUCUAAUGUUUCUGGCCUUCUUCGAGGUGCUCGCCAUCACUCUCAUAUUUGGAGUGAGACGGCUCAGUAUAAUGGUGGAGAAUAUGCUGGGAAAGAAACCAAACCUCUUCUUCCGUGUUUGUUGGCAGUUCCUGUCACCCAUGCUUGUGCUGGGUAUUCUGAUCUCCAGUAUUUUUCAGUAUACUCCAGCUCGAUACGGUAAGUCUUACAAAUACCCGUUCUGGGCAGAGGUGGUGGGCUGGUUCAUCUCUCUCUUCUCCAUCAUCUGGAUUCCACUUGGGGCUCUACAUGAGCUUUGGACCACAGAAGGGUCUCUGCUACAGAGGUUGAAAAAGUCCAUAACACCAACUUUAGAUCUGGAGUCUGUUUCAGAGAAGCCAUCUGCUGAGUCCAUAGCGCUGUUCACGGUUGCUUAGACGCUAUUGUUUGUGGUAUUAUUGUUUUUGGUAUGUUUACUCAUUAGAAGUACAAAGUAGCUUUGCUUAAACUGUAAAAACUAUCAUUUUAUGUUUUAUUAGUGUUCAUAUUCUAUUUAUUGCAUUUGAGAUUAAUGCUGAAAAGAACAAACACCAAAAAGGUCCCAGAAUUACAAUUUUGCAUUAAUACUGAUGAAAAUCUGUUUUUUAUUGCCUAAUUGAAUAACUGUAUUACAUGUAUUUAUUUGAUUGUCUGACAGAUGUUGUUUUUUUUAUGUAAAAAGAUUAAGAGAAUUUAUUCAUAUUUUUCUUCAGGAAAAGAAAAAUGUAAAAUAUAUGAUGAUUUAAUGAGAGAGAAAUUAGAAGAUUUUGGUUUUCUCCGUUAUUUAAACUUUAAAAUAAUUAUUCACUGAGCUUGAAAUUUGAUGGAAUAUAUCUUUUCAUACACUGAGCUGAAUGACUGACGAACCUUUGAAUUUUAAACAGUUCAAAAAUGGAUGCCAAUGCACUUACAAAUGCCUGUUUUCAUGAAACUCAAAUGUCAACAUCAAUUUAUUGUGGGUACAACAGCAUUCACUCUCAUGGGCUUUAACUCAUUCAGAUUCUAUAGAUUCUAAAAAAAGAAAUACAGAGUGCUGCUCUCAGAUGCCUUUUGUGUUCACAGUGAACCAAGGUUAUAUGAAUUGAACUCUACAUAUUCAGCUGCUUAUGAUGACUCAGCUUUUGCUCUCUACUUUGUAACUUGAACUGUUGCACAUACUUUAAAACACUUAGCCCAACUUUACAGAAAAAAGAGGAAAAGGAUAAAGGAUGCAAGUAAAAAUGGAUGACCUUAUUAGUAAGCACUUUCUGAUGUCAUCCAUAAGGCUUAUGCAUUCUGAUAUAGAAAUUCUACUAAAAUCCAUGUUUGCUAUUUUUAAUAUUUUUAUUUUAGUUUUAACUAUUUUACUACUAUCAAUAUAGUUCAGAUGGGGUAUAAUGCUUAAUUUUGAACUCCUAAUAAUGUAAACUUUUCUGCCCCUCCCCCCAUCCCCACCCCACCAAAAAAAGUGGCCUUUAUAUUAAAAAUGCAUAUUUACAAAGAAAAUACUUUUGUUUUAAGUGCAACUCGAGGACUGAUUAUUAAAUUGUAUUUUUUUUUUUACAUCUACAUAUCAGAAUGAAUGCUUAUUUUGUGUAUAUUUUGUUGUUAAUGAAACCACAGAAGGAUAAUCAUUCAAACUGUUGUUGCUGUUGUUGUUGUUGUUUGUCAUUAUAAACUGUCUAAGGUGAAACAUUUUUGUAUAUUUAAAAUUGUCGCUUUUAUGUCAUGACUGGCAGUUUUUUAUGCAAGUGCUCUCACCAAAAUAAAAGUCUUUGUUGUCAGUUUCA